CAUUAUCAUAGCGGCCGACCAAACAUUCGGCCAACCAAUUCUUACCCAUGGAUCAUGGACUCCUCAGUCAAAGAGUGGAAGUUGUUCUUUGAACGAUGUGUCGAGCAAAGAAUUCAAUCUGAUCUAUUCGAGGCUGCAGCCGCGCAAUUACACGCCAAAUCACCUCUCCCUGGCCGAAAGCUCACUGGUCUAUUACUACAGCCACGCUCUACAGGCGUAUGCAGCGUUGAUCCGCGUAUGCUAAUAUACCUUGAGCGAUUACUGGCAUCUAAGAAGGUUGAUGCAUCGGACGUCUUAUCUGCGACCUUUCAGUACUCCAAAGAUCGAUCUCCAGGAACAGGGGAUCAUGGCUCUUCGCAAGAGCCUAGAUUGAUCAACCCACCCGAGUUGGAGGAGAUCGUCUUCCACCGGCUUGCUAAAGCAUUCGCAGCAGAGGAGCGUCCUGUCGAUAACACGGAGGGGUUGAGAACAAUCAUAAUCCUAGCAAGAUGGAUGCAAUGUAUGGUAACGUCGCAUACCAGUGAUACAAUGAUUCAAGCCAUGGCCGGGAUUCAACAACAACCCCAACAACAGUCUAUCAAUGUCCGCGAGGGUCUUGGCAUGCUUGUGGUUGGUCUGAUUGAGAAUUCAAGAAUUCUUCGGUUGCUGAAUAAUCCUAAAACGAAAGAUCUUCGCAAAAGCUUUUCGCAGUCUUUGUCAUCGUUUGUCCCGUUUCUAUCGCAUAACCUACUUGGAUCCCAGGGAUUAUUGCAAAUCGCUGGCCGCCUAGAAAUAUCACAGAAACAACAUGAUUUUUACGACAAGCCUGGUGCUAUUGAAAGAGAAGGAAAUGAAAACACCAGCCUUGAAGUUGCUGCGCUUCAACUUGAAGCAGUCAUGGAUCUUCCACUGGUAAACACAAGAGCUGGGCUCUAUGUCUUUCUGAAUGCUCUGCUGAUUGCACGGCCGCUUACGGAUACUUUCACGAUCCUGAGCUAUCUUCAUACACGCUACAAAAUGAGUGCGCAAAACAUGGCUACGGAUUUGGUUACUGCUGCCUUUGACAUUUUAGCCAAUGCCAUGUACCGCAGUGAGCCUGGACAAACCAUGUUCUGCAUAAAAUCGUUCCUAGUCAACAAAGUCCCCCUUCUCUUGACGCAACUUUCUGCGUCAAUAUUUCCAAUGACACCCGAAAUCUGCAUCACCCAGGCCCUUGGCCAUGUCGAUCCCAAUGUUUUUCCAACAUUCUCUCAAGGCUUUGACGAUAUGAUGGGUAACAACAGUUCGCUUGCAAACGUAAAGCAUGAGUUUCUGAAUGCGUGUGCACUCCAUGGCCUCAUCUCGGCGAUAACAGUCGAGCGGCUGCUUGGUGAGUCGUCCAUGCAAGGUCCGCCAGAGACAAGGUAUACGAAAAAAGAGCUGCUCGAUCAGUGUAAGAACAACUUUGACAAGAUCAACACAUACGUUGACGAGCUGGAGAAUCUCGAUGGGAACGCUGGUGCCAUUGUCGAGGCCGUCACCGAGUUUAUAGCCCAUCUCUGCGAAACUCAGACAACCAUGUACUUGAGGCAGAUAUGUAAUCUACUGUCGAAAAAACCACAAGCCCUGGAUGUAAUUCUGCAGUUCACAUCGCCUGCUAGCGUCCUUCGACCCCUAUGCCAGUUUCUAGACGACUGGCAUUAUGACAGUGAUCAGGGCGAAUUUCAACCUGUGUACGAUGAAUUUGGAGCGAUCCUAGUCUUCAUUAUGGCAUUCGUUUAUCGCUACGACCUCAAGUACUAUGACAUUGGUAUAGGCCAUGAAUCAUUUAUCGCACAGAUGAUUGAACGUGGGCACCAAAGCACGCCACUGGAUGACUUGACAGAGGAGCAGGGUAAACAACUUGGCAGUUGGCUCAAGGGUCUGUACGACUCCGACAAAGAUGGGCUUAGCAAUGAUGUGUUUGCUUCGUGUCGCCCGCAAGACUUUUACUUGAUCGUUCCCACGUUCUUCCAGCAGACAGUCACGGCAUGCUCUGCAGGUGUUUUGUCGUUCGAGACUGUAAAGGGCGGUUUAGAAUACCUUAGUGAGACGUUUCUUUUGCCGUCCCUCAUCGGCGGCUUGAGCUGGAUGGCGUUGCAUGCUCAUGAACAAACUCAUAAUGAUCUUGACGCUUUGAUGCGGAUAUUCCACGAAGUGAUAUUGUCAGUGCCAUCGUCGGGAGACGCGAGGGCCAUGCAUUCGACAAUUCUCGCCAUGGUCUCGAGCCGCUUAGACAAAUGCUUCCGCACUCUACAACGACGCGACCCGAGUCGCACGCACGUGGAGCCUCUCCUACUGGCGAUCAAGGACAACACGGAGUACGAGCGCUCUAUUUACUCGUCGAUGAAAGAAUUGGAGCAGUGGACAAACGCUCCAAACAGCUCAUUGAGUAUGGCUUUGCGCCACACUGUGCAACAGCUUUCCCAAUGGGCCACCACCGCGUCAAUCCAGCCAAAUCCACCAAGUUAUACUCAUCGGCAAGUGUAUGCUUCGCUCAGCAUUUUGGGUGCUUCUAAGACUUUGCACGCUAUGAUGGACGAAGUAAAGGCACAGACCAAUGCCGGCAACGGCGCAGUUGCUCUUGAUGUUGCAACAUCCAUCAUUUGCGCACCGAUCGUGGAAGACAGUCCUAUCAACGUGGGCUGGGUUGGAAGUAUAAUUCCGUCUAUACCACCACCGCGAACUCGCAUAAACUUGCGCGAGAUGCUCAAGCACGAAUUUAUCAACGCGGCGAGCCUAGUGGCCAUCGACCCCUUGACCGCGGAAACAGUUGUUCGUCUCCACCGCCGCGUUGAAGCGCAACUUGUACCAACUGGCGGCGAUACCCUACAGGUACCAGUUAUCAACCUGCCAAGUGUUCAUAUAGUAGAUAUGCAGUCCCAGACCAUCUCGGAAGACAUCGACAAAGCCAUUGAUGAGGCCGCGGCAGUUGGCAUCACGAAUAAUCUAUCAAGCAUGGACAACAAAGCGCUCCAACGCAGCAUGGAGGAACUUGCUGGACCUGAUGGGUUGAAUCUAGCAAGCAUGGGGUUGGAAGCUGGCAACACAGGCGAGAGCGAUAUGCAUGCGGAUUUGGGCAACCUGCCAGAUUUGGAUUUGGGAGACAUGGGCAACAUGGCCAUGGAUAUGGACAUGAGCAUGGAUAUGGGCGGAGGUGGCGACGAUGACUGGGGCUUGGACUUUGACAACAUGUAGGAAUGUAGUUAUUGGGGUAAUCUGAAUGUUUGAGAAGAAGAGGACGUUAUGGCGAGAAGUAUUUCCAUCCAGGUUUAUACCAGUCAGAGAUCUCGCCAGAGGAAAGUGUGAGAAAAGUAUAAUCUGGGAGGUCACUUGACAGCAAAGAAUGUUUGGUAUACGUGUAUUGUAUUUUGACACUGUUGUCGC